GAGGCUGUUCAAGCUCCGACGCCGGCACCGCGACCAUCUCCCAGACCGUCACCACGCCCGGCCCGGCGCACCGAUUUGCAAGCAAAGCCAGUGCCCGCUGAACGUCCCGCUGUGCUCAAUGCGUGGGCCGAUCCCGAGGCUACCACAUCGCCCAUACGGCAGAGUGAACCUCCCACGCCACCACCAAAGCCCCACGCUUUCCCCACCGUCUCAGAUUCCGUACCCGCUGCCGGUCCCGUCGACACUACGCAGCCCGAGCCCAGCCAGAACCCCGACCUGGCUCAGCCCAGCGAGAAUCAACCCGCGACCAUGGCCACGAACAACAACAUUGGACGCUCCCCCUUUCGGAACAUGCUCCGCAAAGGCAACAACAAUAUGGCUGGCGAGACCCCGCGUGUUGUACGACAAGGCAGUGCGCUCUCCACCGUUCAGACUUCAUAUCAGGCCGUCGGAGAUCGUCGGACCCUUCGUCUGGUUCGCUCCGAACCGGGCAUCCCUUUGGGAUUUUCGGUCAAGUGUCUCGUCUUGCCUGUGCGCGAUCCAGAUACCGGGGUGGCGUCGUUUGAAACCCACCGUGUCACUUUUGUGGAGUCUGUCGAACCCAACUCAAUCGCCGAGCAAGCCGGCCUUGAAACUG